UUAACAGUUGGUUGAUAGAAGACUAUCUAGGUUUUGUAGCUUUGAUUAGAUGCAAGCUUUCAUCUCGAAGAUGGAUCUCGUGAUGCUCGUUCUAUAGAAGACAAAGAGCAAGCUGGUUAAGAUCAUACAUAUAUAUAAGUUAAAACAAAAAGGGGUGAAGAUACGAUGGGGAAAAUGCUUUCGAAGUAUACCAUGUUAGAGAUUCUGGGCAUUACGCUUCUAGCUGGACAGUUUUUCUGCAUGGUUCAAGGCGAUUCGCAUUACUACGACUUCGUUCUUAGGGAGAAGAACUUCGCGAGGCUGUGUAGCACAAAGAGCAUGCUGGUCGUAAAUGACAGUUUUCCAGGGCCGGUAAUCCGUGUUCAUAAAGGGGAUACUGUCUUUGUUAAUGUCCACAACCAAGGAUAUUAUGGCGUCACUAUUCACUGGCAUGGUGUGAAGCAGCCAAGAAAUCCAUGGUCAGAUGGUCCUGAAUAUAUUACACAGUGUCCAAUUCAACCCGGAACAAACUUUACAUACGAGGUUAUAUUUUCCGAUGAGGAAGGAACCCUUUGGUGGCAUGCGCAUAGUGAUUGGACACGAGCAACCGUUCAUGGCGCGAUAGUUGUCCUGCCGGCUAUUGGUUCCACCUACCCAUUUCCCGAGCCAGACGGAGAUGAGGUCGUUAUGCUCGCGGCCUGGUACAAAGGAAAUGUGAAGGAGUUGGUAGAUGAGGCCAUGUUUGACGGUAGUGACUUGCCACAUUCUGAUGCUUAUACCAUAAACGGCGAACCAGGAGACUUUUGUGAUUGCUCGAAUGGAACGGCAUACCGUUGGAUAGUUGAUUAUGGCAAAACCUAUCUUCUUCGAGUUGUUAAUGGUGUCAUGAAUGCAGAAGUCUUCUUUGCAGUUGCUCAACACAAUUUCACAGUUGUUGGGAUGGAUGGUCAUUACAUCAAACCCAUUGCCACGGAUUAUAUCAUGAUAAGCCCGGGACAAACAAUGGAUAUCUUACUCAGAGCAAAUCAAUCUGAUCUUGGCUCCUAUUACAUGGCUGCAAGACAAUUCUCGAGCGAGGACGUCAGCGUUACUGGAUUUGAUCACGCCAAUGUAACCGCAAUUCUUGAAUACAGAGGAAAUUCAAGUACUUCCCCGUCGCCUCCUUCCUUUCCGAGUACACUUCCUAUGUACUUGGACUUCUACUCAGCCUUGAAAUUCACCAAAAGUAUAAGGAGCUUGGCAAGCCAAGGCUAUCCGGUAAAUGUCCCCCUGAACAUAACCACAAGAAUGUUCGUAACAGCUUCCAUGAAUACGAUGAUUUGCACAUCAUGCUCAGAAGGGAUUGAGGAUGAUAUCUUAGCUUCAAGCUUAAAUAACAUAAGUUGGGUCAACCCACAUACAGAUGUACUGCAAGCCUACUACAGGAAUAUUAGUGGGGUGUACACUACAGACUUCCCGGACUUGCCGCCUUCAUUCUUCAACUUUACAGCCGAUGAAUUUCCGGAUAACAUGGACCUAACAAUCCAAGGGACCAAGUUGAAGGUGCUGAAUUAUAACGAAUCAGUAGAGAUAGUUUUUCAAGGGACUAACCUGUUAAAAGGCUCAGUUAAUCAUCCUAUGCAUUUGCAUGGAUAUAGCUUCUAUGUGGUUGGAACAGGUUUUGGUAUUUUCAACAAUGAAACCGACCCAAAAGAGUUUAACUUGGUCGAUCCCCCCGAGGUUACUACCUUUGGAGUCCCUAAGAUUGGAUGGGUUGCCAUCAGAUUCGUGGCAAAAAAUCCAGGUGUGUGGUUUUGGCAUUGUCACUUGGAUCGACAUUUGAGUUGGGGUAUGAACACAGUAUUUAUAGUGAAAAAUGGGGGCACUGUUGAGACAAGCAUCCGCCAACCCCCUGCCUACAUGCCAUCUUGCAAAGUUCCAUUAAAAUCUUGGCUAAAGAAUAAAGAUCUUAAAGAGAAGAACUUCACUAGGCUCUGCAGCACAAAGAGCAUGCUGGUUGUAAAUGGCAGCUUUCCAGGGCCAGUAAUCCGUGUUCACAAAGGUGAUACGGUCUUUGUUAACGUCCACAACCAAGGAUAUUAUGGCGUCACUAUUCACUGGCAUGGUGUUAAGCAGCCAAGAAAUCCAUGGUCAGAUGGUCCAGAAUACAUAACACAAUGUCCGAUUCAACCCGGAACAAACUUCACAUAUGAGGUUAUAUUUUCUGAGGAGGAGGGAACCCUUUGGUGGCAUGCUCAUAGUGAUUGGACACGAGCAACUGUUCAUGGUGCCAUAGUUGUCCUGCCGGCUAUUGGUUCCACCUAUCCAUUUCCCAAGCCGGAUGGAGAAGAGGUCGUUGUGCUCGCGGCCUGGUACAAAGGAAAUUUGAAGGAAUUGGUAGAUGAGGCCAUGGUAGACGGUACUGACUUGCCACAUUCUGAUGCAUAUACCAUAAACGGCGAACCAGGAGAUUUUUGUGAUUGCUCCAAUGGAACGGCAUACCGUUGGAAGGUUGAUUAUGGCAAAACCUAUCUUCUUCGAGUUGUUAAUGGUAUCAUGAAUGCAGAAAACUUCUUUGCAAUUGCUCGACACAAUUUCACAGUUGUUGGGAUGGAUGGUCAUUACAUUAAACCCAUUGCCACGAGUUAUAUCAUGAUUAGUCCAGGACAAACAAUGGACAUUUUACUCACAGCAAACCAGUCUCUUGGCUCUUAUUACAUGGCUACUAGACAAUUCUCGAGCGAGGAUGUCACUGUUACUGGAUUUGACCAUGCCAAUGUAACAGCAAUUCUCGAAUACAGAGGAAAUUAUACUUCCCCAUCGCCUCCUUCCUUUCCGAGUACACUUCCUAUGUACUUGGACUUCUACGCAGCCUUGAAAUUCACCAAAAGAAUAAGGAGCUUGGCAAGCCAAGACUAUCCGAUAAACGUCCCCAUGAACAUAACCACAAGAAUGUAUGUAACAUCUUCCAUGAAUACGAUGAUUUGCACAAGCUGCUCUGGAGCGGACGAUGAUCAAAUCUUAGCUUCAAGCUUGAAUAACGUAAGUUGGGCCAACCCACAUAUUGAUGUUCUACAAGCCUACUACAGGAAUAUUAGUGGGGUGUACACCACGGACUUCCCGGACUUCCCGCCUACAUUCUACAACUUUACAGGCGAUGAAUUUGAAGACAACCUCGACAAAACUGUGCAAGGGACCAAGGUGAAGGUGCUGAAUUAUAACGAAUCAAUAGAGAUAGUUUUUCAAGGGACCAACCUGAUAAAAGGCUCAGUGAAUCAUCCGAUGCAUCUGCACGGAUAUAGCUUCUACGUGGUUGGAACAGGUGGUGGUAAUUUCAACAAUGAAACCGACCCAAAAGAGUUUAAUUUGGUUGAUCCUCCCGAGGUGACAACCUUUGGGGUCCCUAAGCUUGGAUGGGUUGCCAUCAGAUUCGUGGCAAAAAAUCCAGGUGUAUGGUUUUGGCAUUGUCACUUGGAUCGACAUCUGAGUUGGGGUAUGAACACAGUAUUCAUAGUGAAAAAUGGGGGCACUGCUGAGACAAGCAUCCGCCAACCCCCAACCUACAUGCCACCUUGUAAAGUUCCAAUAUUAAAAUCUCUGCUGAAAAAUGAUCAUGAUCAGGAUGUGUUGGACACGACAAAUUAAGCAAAUUAGGAUCAGUCAUGCAGCUUGCUAGCUAGAUAAUUUGACCAUCACCAUCAUAUAUUAUUUCAUGUGUUGCGUGCGACGGUUAGUUGCGGUAGUAGUACUAGCGUUGUUGAAGUACGACUCUUUUAUAUUUAUUGAAAGGCAAUAAAUGUUUGAUUUAUUUACAUUAAUGGCC